AUGAAUGCUUUCGUGCGCGACGGUGCGGUCAACCGCAAGAGACGAGCCCGUCAAAGUUUAAGUGCUCGCAGCGCCGAACCAGAGAGGAAAAAGAUUUACAAGGCACACGGCGACGGAGCGACGCCAGCUCGGCGUGACCUUGCGUUAAGUACUCUCCAAAUACAUUCCGGUGAAAGUGCAGUCAACCAAUCGAAGGUUGUAGCAACUGAGAAGGAAUCCAGAUAUGCAAAUGUUGAAUUUACGCGAGCAAAAGCUUUUUUGUAUUUAAAUUUCAAGAAAAUUGGAUCUUUUAACGUUAACAAACAUCUCAAAGACCAUUUAAAGAAAUUUGAUGGAAAUGAAACGCAAUUAAAAAAGACUUUUGAACAAUGUUACGAUUUAACUGGAUCUGUAGAAAAGAGUAAAGCUAUGAUGAAACAACUUUCGACCGACCCAUGGGCAAGACUUGAUCUUAAACCUAAUUUACCUUCAGGAGUUAGUGAAAGGAGGUUAUCCAUUUUGCCACGUAAAGUUGUUGAAAAAACUGUUAAAAAACUUAAGAAUAAAAAACGUAUGAAUAUCCGUUUACAAAAAAACAUUGAUGAUCGAAAUUUAAUAUGUUUUGGCAAGGAUUAUUCAAAAAUGGAUAAAAAAAUCCUAUAUACAACAAAACUUAAUGAUUAUAUUGGAACAUCUAAAAUAGAAUUUGAUUCUGAUUCAACAAUAAUUUCAGAUGAUGAAGAAAUUGGUAAAAAAAGUUGUAUGAUAACUAAAGCUUAUAGCCUACAUAAUCCGAAAUUCAAUAGCUUAGGGGUUACUAAACCAGAUGAAACGUGUGCUAUUGUCAGCAUAAACUCUAAUUUAACUAAAAAUAAUCCCGAGUCAAAUACAUUUUGUGCUAAAAAAUCAAAUUCAGCAACUAGUCGAUUAAAAAUUUCGGUUCAUAAAAAAUUUAAAAAAGGUCCAAAUGUUUGUGAAACUGGAAAUCCUAAAAUAUCGGCACCAUAUAUGAAUAAUCUUGGAGAGAUAAAUUCACAACUAAAUACCGACGCAAGCAUUCAAAAUGCUGAAAGUUUUGAACUGGAAACGGUUUAUCAUGUUGGACAAAUCUUAGUUCCACAGUUAAAAAUUGACGGAAUUGUUAAAAAUUCUAAAGUUCCUGCAUUAGAAACAAAUGUUGAAGGAGAAAAUACAGUUCCACAUAAAAAUUCUGAAGGUCCAAUAUUGGCUCAGAAUAUUGAUGAUGAAUUAAUAAUAGAUGAAUUUGUUGAAAAUGCUGAGAGUACUGUAUUGGAAGCCGACGUUGGCGAAAUUAUGGUUCCAAAAUUAAUAAUUGACGAAAAUGUCCAAUCUUCCAACAGAACCAUAUUGGAAACGAAUACUCUUAUUGGAAAAACUACAGAUCUAGAAUUAGAAAAUUCUACUAGUAAUCAUGAUUUGGCCAAUUCUCAAAUUGAUACAGAUAUUGAUGAUUCGAAAAAACAAUCUGCAUUGGAAACCGACGUUUUAGAAAUUAUGAUUCCGAAAUUAAUGGACAAAAAUUUAAAAAAUGCCAAUAGUACUGCAUUUGAAACAAACGUUGAUGGAGAAAAUACAGUUCCAAAUAGAAAUUCUGAAGGUCCAGUAUUGGCUCAGAAUACUGAUGAUGAAUUAAUAAUAGAUGAAUUUGUUGAAAAUGCCGAGAGUACUGUAUUGGAAGCCGACGUUGGCGAAAUUAUGAGUCAAAAAAUAAUAAUAGACGAAAGUGUUCAAUCUUCCAGUAGUACAAUAUUGGAAACGAGUAAUCUUGUCGGUAAAAUUAUAGAUCUAGAAUUAGAAAAAUCUACAAGUAAUCAAGAUUUGGCCAAUCCUCAAAUUGAUACAAAUAUUGAUGAUUCGAAAAAACAACCUGCGAUUGAAAAAGACGUUGGAGAAUUUAUGGUUGGAAAAUUAAUAAUAGACGAAAAUGUUCAAUCUUCCAGUAGUACAAUAUUGGAAACGAGUAAUCUUGUCGGUAAAAUUAUAGAUCUAGAAUUAGAAAAAUCUACAAGUAAUCAAGAUUUGGCCAAUUCUGAAAUUGAUACAAAUAUUGAUGAUUCGAAAAAACAACCUGCGAUUGAAAAAGACGUUGGAGAAUUUAUGGUUGGAAAAUUAAUAAUAGACGAAAAUGUUCAAUCUUCCAGUAGUACAAUAUUGGAAACGAGUAAUCUUGUCGGUAAAAUUAUAGAUCUAGAAUUAGAAAAAUCUACAAGUAAUCAAGAUUUGGCCAAUUCUGAAAUUGAUACAAAUAUUGAUGAUUCGAAAAAACAACCUGCGAUUGAAAAAGACGUUGGAGAAUUUAUGGUUGGAAAAUUAAUAAUAGACGAAAAUGUUCAAUCUUCCAGUAGUACAAUAUUAGAAACGAGUAAUCUUGUCGGUAAAAUUAUAGAUCUAGAAUUAGAAAAAUCUACAAGUAAUCAAGAUUUGGCCAAUUCUGAAAUUGAUACAAAUAUUGAUGAUUCGAAAAAACAACCUGCGAUUGAAAAAGACGUUGGAGAAUUUAUGGUUGGAAAAUUAAUAAUAGACGAAAAUGUUCAAUCUUCCAGUAGUACAAUAUUGGAAACGAGUAAUCUUGUCGGUAAAAUUAUAGAUCUAGAAUUAGAAAAAUCUACAAGUAAUCAAGAUUUGGCCGAUUUGAAAAUUGAAACGGAUAUUGAUGAUUCGAAAAAACAAACGGAAAUAUUGGACCAUACAAAUUUAGUGCUUAAAAUUAGAAAAAUUAUAAACACGGAUGAUGAGGUAUUUAAAAAUUCUAUAAUAAAAGAUUUGGCAACAUAUUUUUUAAAUAAUGAUUUUCUAUACAAAGUAGAUGCAUUAUGGAAAACUAUUGAAUCAGAACUUGUUGGAGAGUUAAUCAUAAAACUCCUUAAUAUGUUUAAUGAUAUCGAAUAUAAUAUGGCACAAUUUACAGGUUGUUUAAUUUGCAUAUUUCGUGAAAUCGCUCAAAAAUCAUCCAUUCUUCCGUGUCAAUUGAAAUUAAAAUUGAUCGUGUUCCUUGAUGCUAUUAAAAAAUACAUUAAAUUUCAUGAUAAUACAUUAUGGAGAACUUGGUUUUUACCUAGUAUGUUCUUCGAUUGGUGUUUUAUUGUCGCUUUUAUCUUUAUGAAUACUGAAAAUGAAUUAAAAAUAGAUUUUAAUAAGUCAGUUAUAAGAAAUGCAACAUCGUACUAUAAAAUGGUAAAACGCUGUACAUAUCUAUUUAUUAAUCAAGAUUUGAAACCAAGUAAGUCACAUAAGAAGAGUGGUAUAUUUGAAUUGACAAGAAUUGAUGACCUCUUGGAAAUUGAUGACGUACAUGCCAUGAAUGAUAUCAAAGUAAUACCUAAGAUAUCUAUUGACACACCUUCGAAUGAACCUAAACGCAAAAAACUCAAAACGGAUGACAACUGUAUAGAUACUAUUAAUCAUACUACAUCAGGAAAUACAGAGGAAGUGUGUCCUGCUCCAAUUAGUCCUAAAAUACCAAAAAUAAAGAUACGUCCUCAAUUUAGUUAUUCAAAUUCAUUCAUUAAUAAAUUAAAUUGGUUUAAUAAUAAUGUCAGUGACCUUAUGAAAAAAUUCAACGUAUCAACUUCUAAUGAAAGUAUUGAAAGUUCCAUUGUCCAAAAUAAUACUACAGUUGUUUAUAACAAUAAAGUACCAUCAUCUGUUAAUAAACGCUCACGUGUAAAAAUAAAUCCAACAAAUGAUGAACCGACAAAAAGUAAAAAAUCCAAAACACAAGUUGAAUCUCCACGCGUAUUUUUUACCAUUGCAAAUAAUCCUAAAGAAUUUGACAUAACUUAUAGUUCAUCAGCAAUCGUUCAGAAGUCGAGAUCAUCAUCAGUCUCUAAGAAUGUAAGUUCAUCAUCAAUAGUCCCUAAUAAUUCAAGUUCAUCAGUCUCUAAGAAUGUAAGUUCAUCAUCAACAGUCCCUAAUAAUUCAAGUUCAUCAGUCUCUAAGAAUGUAAGUUCAUCAUCAACAGUCCCUAAUAAUUCAAGUUCAUCAGUCUCUAAGAAUGUAAGUUCAUCAUCAACAGUCCCUAAUAAUUCAAGUUCAUCAGCAGCGGUUCCUCAGAGUUCAGGGUCACCAACAGUUUCUCAAAAUUUGAGUCUAUAUCACAAUCCUUAUUCUUCCAGUAAUACCAGUAGUCAACUUCCGGUAACUUCGCAAACAGUAGCCUCUCGUAGUUUAAGUGUAUAUUACGAUAAUAUGCAUUCCAAUAUUACGCAGGCUCCUAUUGGUUUGCCAUCACUUUCUAAUACUACACAUUAUUCAGAUGCGAGGAGUACAAAUCCAUCAGUUAGUAUAACCAGAAAUUCUAUUAUUCAUCCAACUUAUUCAAAUAAUCAGUGGGCUAUUCACCAUCAGAGUCCAUCUGCAACGAAUUCACAGCGUCCAAAGGCAGCAAAUACAUGGCCAUCAAACAAGUAUACCAAUAUGUGUAGUGAUCCUUCUUGCAGUAAAUCUAGUACUUACACUACUCAAUACCAAAAUUCUACUGCCUCGUCGUAUUCACAAUCGACAUAUUAUAGUCAUAACAUUCCAUCAGCAACUUCACAUCCUCAAUAUUCAAAUGCACCUACAUAUCCAACAACUUGCACAGAUCCAUUAAUUCGUAAUCUAUUAGCAAGUGACACAGCAAUGGUAGCAUCAAUGAACACCUAUAUGCAGCAUCAAAGUUAUAAUUAUAGUAAUUCUUACUCAAGUCAGAAUAACUUGAAGACUCCCGAUCACAAUACUCAGGUUUCACCAGAUUUGCCUGAUGCUCGACUACCUAACAUGCCAAAUCACCAGGCUGCUGAUACUAUAAAUCAAACGUGUAUGGCGGCCAACUGUACAAAUUUUUCCAGUUUUUCUUGUAAGAAUUGUUUCAUUACUUUUUAUUGCAGUACACAAUGCCAAAAAUCUGAUUGGCAUUACCACCAAAACGAAUGUCUUGAUUUAUUAACUGGAUUGAAGGUUCUUUAA